CUGGAAGGAUCACUAUCGAAAACUGUUUUUCUUUCACCUACUACCACCUUCCAGUGUCGUAUCAGCCGCGUUUUUACAUUUUGCACCCUCAAACAAAAGAAAUGUCCGACGAAGAACAGCAAGGCGGCCCCAGCCAGGAUGAGAUCAAGGGCGAGAACAACGACCCAAACGCGCCGAUUAACGUCAAGGUCGUAACUUCUUCUGGCGAGGAAGUAUUCUUCAAGAUAAAGCGUUCCACCAAGCUUAGCAAGCUCCAGGGCGCUUAUGCGAGCAAAGUGGGAAAGGACGUGGCCACAAUCAGAUUCCUGUACGAUGGCAAUCGGAUACAAGAAGACGAUACACCACAGUCCCUAGAGAUGGAGGAUAACGAUACAAUUGAUGUUAUGGUGGAGCAGGUCGGAGGCUCAGUGUUGCCGUGACCAUCUUUCUUCUUGUCGCUAUGUUCUGCUUCGCCAAUCAAUAUGAUAUUCAAAGUUGUAUUAUCUAUCGACAAUUGCACUCUCCCUUUCUUGUAAGCCCCCC